CACAUGGUUUGUAUACUUCCUUACCCAUACCUACUCAACCUUGGGUUGAUAUAUCUAUGGAUUUUGUUCUGGGCUUACUAAGGUCGAAAAUGGGCCACGAUUCUAUUUUUGUUGUUGUUGGUAGGUUCUUGAAAAUGGCACACUUCAUUCCAUGUCAUAAAACUGACGAUGCAACCAAUAUUGCUGUUAUGUUCUUCAAGGAAGUUAUUCAUUUACAUGGUAUUCCAAGGACUAUUGUUUCUGAUCACGAUGUUAGGCAUUCUAAGUUGCAAAGAGGCAAUGGACCAUUUCAAGGGAUUGCAAGGAUAAACGACAACACAUACAAGUUGGAGCUUCCUGGUGACGAUUUGAGGACAAAUCCUUUUGAAGAGAAAGGGAAUGAUGGGAAUCAAGAUGACCCCACAUGUACCACGUCAAGAGAUCCAUUACACAUUUCAAGAGGUCUAGUCACGAGAGCUAGAGCUGUGAAGAUGCGAAAAGCUUUAAAUGGCCUUAUUGAGCAGAUCUGGGUUGAUAACAACAUGAAACAAGUAAAUCGAAGCUUGGAUGAUUAUCAAGGCAUGGUAAACAUCAUUCAGGUUCAAGAGAAGCUUAAUUGAGGUUAUUUAUGCUAAAUUACACUGUUUGCAUCAAAAUCACACAAUUUUAUCACAAUUUGUAAUAAACUGAUAUUUCAUGU